AUGACAGGACUCACUUCCUCCAGCAGUCGAUUCUUCUUGUGGAAGACUCGGCCGAGAAAAGUUUCAAUAGUCUCUACAUCAUCAGCUUCAUCAAAUACAAACAAUUCCUCCAACAGCUCUAAUACUCUCAUUUCAGUUUGUGGAGAUGGGAUCAAGUCGCCUAGCGAGGCUUGUGAUGACGGCAACACCCGGCCUUACGACGGCUGCAGCUCUAACUGUACGAUCGAGCGUCUCUGGCGAUGUGCCGACGUGAAUCAGAUCUCCGUCUGCCAGCUCAUCAGCCUCCCGAGGUUU